UACUCUUCCUCAGCUCCCUCCUACUAACGCCUGGUCGUGCUCCACUCCCAGCUAUGACGGCCACAUGAGCUCCACCCGCACCAACACGAGACGACGAAGCUGACGUCCCGUGCUCCGUAUACCUUCGUCUGCUCAUGAUUCGACCUCCUAUUACUCCACAACGACACCAACCCAUACUCCCUUCCCUUCCACAGCCAAGCAACCGCUGCAUCAGGCACGGGUACGCAUGCCGACUGCCUGAUCUGGUAUGGAUGCGCGCGGUAGCUCCUCCCACCCCUGAUCUUUCCUUGGCAAGCUCACAUCUCCACCUGGUCCGCAACAGGAGACGCCGCGCUGGGUGUUGUAGCUACGGAGGUCAUCGAUUGGGCGAAGGACGCCCAGUGGCAGUGGGAAGUGACCCGAGGCGAGGUGGAGUCAGCAAGGCGGCAGAGUGGCGAGAUUCGGGAUUGAUGGAUCCGACUCCCGACGCUGCGAGCCCGUGUUGCCCAGAUCUUGACGACGGCGAGCCGAGGUUGCCUACGGGCGGCGGGUGGCGCUCCCGUGGCGAGGAUGGCGGGGCCUGGUCGGAUCCGGGCGGAUCUGGCCGGGAUGGAUAUAUUUCUGGCGGAUUUGGCUUGGAGGCAGCCGGAUCUGGCGAGAUUGAGGGCCGAUGGCGCCAUGGUCCUCCUGGAGAUCCCUGCUCACCGAGAAAGAGAGACAGAGGUGAGAGGAGAUCAAGAUGAAGGAGGAGAUGGGCGAGGCGGCGGAGCGGCCGGAGCUCCGGCGGCGAGGCACGGUGGAGGUGUGGGGUCGCCGGCGAGGUGGCUUGCGGGUGCG